UGGAAUAGUUGAGUAGUAAAUAUGUUAGGAGUUCCAUCAGGAGGAAGCUGCUGCGACGACAAUGCAGGUCGAUUAUGAAAAAAGCGCGGGUUUACUUGAGGAGGAAGACCGACGGCACAUACUGCUGCACCGUCCGCGUGGGAUCGUAUUCCUUCGUUUCAUAGAUCGUCCUCAGUGCCAUCGCUUCGUCCUGUGCCUUGGUUUGAAUUUCUUUUUGGACGCGUUUUGCCAUGACUUUGCUGAACGGGACUUUCUUCCCAGCGACGACUUCCUUUUCGACCAAGUGGCGUGCCGGGGGAUGGACGGGGGGUUUGAUGUGGCGGUGAAACUUGAGAGGCAAGAGGUGGUUCUGCGUGUCAUGGUCCUUCAAGAUGUCCUUGAUCUGUUUAAUUUUGUCCGCGAACGGGGCGUCGUUUGCUGGCGUUUUCAUCCCCUUGUCCAUGCCCUUGACUAAGGGCUGCUUCACAUGAACGGGGGCCCCCAUCGUCGUGGUGGCCGCG